GCGACGUAUCAUGUAAAGUAAAUAUUUUGAAGAUAAUAAAUUAUUGGUGAAAAAUUAAUCUCAAUUAGUGUUGAACGACAAUUUAUAAGGGAAUCGUACGAUUUGAAGACGAAAAUAAAUAAAAUGAGCAACAAUGAUGAGCAAAACAAUGAGAAGGCUGGGGGAGCUGAACCAAGCUCUUCACCCCCUCAUCUCUCGGAUCCAAACAUCAUCAGCAAGGCAUUGAUUGCCAAAUUGAUCGAUAAAAGUGACGGACCAAUGCAGUUACGCAUGAAACGAAAAUCGCGCACAAAUAAAAACAUUUCUGGUCAACACACUAUAAUUCAGAUCUCUGACGACGAUAGCACGUCCUCUGGACAGUCAUCCCCGGCGCCAAAUGCACCUAAGCCUUUCGAAAAGAGUAACGUUUUGUAUGAAAGGAAAUGUGUAAAGAAAUACAAACAAGAGAAGGAAGAUUGGUGGAGGGAUGACGAUGACGAACGUGAUCAACGCUUGCCUCGUACGGACACAAACACAAAGAACUGAAUACUGAACUUAACAAUCAAACAAGUCGGGGAUGUCGUCAAAAUUAUGAAUUUAUUUUAAGCCUUAAGUUCUUUCUUGAAGACCGAUCGAUCCUCGAUGGAUAUUUAUAUUUUAA